UCUCGCAAAGUGCACACCGUGCUCCACCCACAGCCUCAGCAUUCUCGUUGCUAGGAAUAUGGACCCUCGGGCAGCACCUCAGACCUAGACCUACUGUAUCAGAAUCUCGGUGCUGGUCCUGAGAAUGUGCAUUCUCAACAGCUCCUCACAUUCCCCACCCCCAUUCUUCUGCAGCUAACGUUUGAGAGCGCUGGUCUGGUGUCUACUGCCUCCGCAGGCGGUUUUCAGGGCAGCCGUGUGUGCUUGGAUGUGAGGCGGCAAAAACAGCGCGCUGCAGGGCCGGCGCGGUGACUCACGCCUGCAAUCCCAGCACUUUGGGAGGCGGAGGCGGGUUGAUCACGAGGUCAGGAGAUCGAGACCAUCCUGGCUAACACGGUGAAACCCCGUCUCUACUAAACAAAAAUACGUGGUGCGGGCGCCUGUAGUCCCAGCUACUCGGGAGGCUGAGGCAGGAGAAUGGCUUGAACCCGGGAGGCAGAGCUUGGAGUGAGCCGAGAUCGCACCACUGCACUCCAGCGUCGGCGACAAACAAACAAACAAACAAACAAACCAACCGGCGCGCUGCAGACGGAGCCAGCGCCAGGGCUUCUCGCCUCCAGCCCUCUCCCGAAGCCCCGCCCCGCCUCCGGGUCGGUAGGAGGCCGGGAAGACCCGCCCCUCCACGCUAGCGCCGCCCGGGCUGUCACAAAGGAGGAAGCCUAGUCCCGCCCCUGCGUGCGGCGCUUCUCCCAGGCCCCGCCUUCCAUCCAGUGCCCUGGACCCUCGGCUGGGCAGCGCCACCAGAGCGACCAAACGUCCCGCGCCUUCCAGGCCGCACUCGAGAGCCAAAAGAGCUGCAUGGCGGCGGCGGCCAAGCCCAGCAACCUUUCCCUGGUGGUGCACGGACCGGGGGACUUGCGCCUGGAGAACUAUCCUAUCCCCGAACCAGGCCCAAAUGAGGUGUUGCUGAGGAUGCAUUCUGUUGGAAUCUGUGGCUCAGAUGUCCACUACUGGGAGGAUGGUCGAAUUGGGAAUUUUAUUGUGAAAAAGCCCAUGGUGCUGGGACAUGAAGCUUCAGGAACAGUCGAAAAAGUGGGAUCAUUGGUAAAGCACCUAAAACCAGGUGAUCGUGUUGCCAUCGAGCCUGGUGCUCCCCGAGAAAAUGAUGAAUUCUGCAAGAUUGGCCGAUACAAUCUGUCGCCUUCCAUCUUCUUCUGUGCCACACCCCCCGAUGACGGGAACCUCUGCCGGUUCUAUAAGCACAAUGCAGCCUUUUGUUACAAGCUUCCUGACAAUGUCACCUUUGAGGAAGGCGCCAUGAUUGAGCCACUUUCUGUGGGGAUCCAUGCCUGCAGGAGAGGCGGAGUUACCCUGGGACACAAGGUCCUUGUGUGUGGAGCUGGGCCAAUUGGGAUGGUCACUUUGCUCGUGGCCAAGGCAAUGGGAGCAGCUCAAGUAGUGGUGACUGAUCUGUCUGCUACCCGAUUGUCCAAAGCCAAGGAGAUUGGGGCUGAUUUAGUCCUCCAGAUCUCCAAGGAGAGCCCUCAGGAAAUCGCCAGGAAAGUAGAAGGUCUGCUGGGGUGCAAGCCGGAAGUCACCAUCGAGUGCACGGGGGCAGAGGCCUCCAUCCAGGCGGGCAUCUACGCCACUCACUCUGGAGGGACCCUGGUGCUUGUGGGUCUGGGCUCUGAGAUGACCACCAUACCCCUACUGCAUGCAGCCAUCCGGGAGGUGGAUAUCAAGGGCGUGUUUCGAUACUGCAACACGUGGCCAGUGGCGAUUUCGAUGCUUGCAUCCAAGUCUGUGAACGUAAAACCUCUCAUCACACAUAGGUUUCCUCUGGAGAAAGCUCUGGAGGCCUUUGAAACAUUUAAAAAGGGAUUGGGGUUGAAAAUCAUGCUCAAGUGUGACCCCAAUGACCAGAAUCCCUGAUGUUAAUUGGCUCUGCCCUCAUCCCCACAGUCUCGGGAUCUCAGGGCACAAUGGCUGGACAGGGGUGCAGAACUUUCUCUUUUGAAUGUUAAGAAUAAUUAAUAUAAUUUAUUGUGAACAGAAGUCCUUAAGCAGAGGAACUGGUGUGCCUUAAAGAUAUAAUCUGGGAUAGUCUGGGGGAACUUGUAGCCAGAAUGGUCUGUUCAUGCUAAGCAAAGUUCAGCAAGUAGAGCAGAGUCUGGCAGGCAGGUGCCAGGAACUCCCCUUCUUCCUGGAGUGCCUUCAUUGAGGAAGGAAAUCUGGCCCUUGGGUUUCCUGGUUCCACUGCUACUGACCUGGAGGGGAAUGAUGGCUGAGUUAUGAAAAGAUAACUUCAUGAAGACUUAACUGGCCCAGAAGCUGAUUUUCAUGAAAAUCUGCCACUCAGGGUCUGGGAUGAAGGCUUGUCAGCACUUUCAGUUUAGAACUCAAUGUUUCUAGAGACAUAUUGGCUGUUUGGUUUGAUGAUAAAAGGAGAAUAAGAAAAGGUAUCACUUUCCUGGAUCCAGGAUAAUUUUAAAACCAAUCAAAUGAAAAAAACAAACAAACAAAAAAGGAAAUGUCAUGUGAGGUUAAACCAGCUUGCAUUCCCCUAAUGUGGAAAAAGUAAGAGGACUUCUCAGCACUGUUUGAAGAUUGCCUCUUCUUCAGCUCCUGAGAAUUGUGUUAUUUCACUUGCCAAGUGAAGGACCCCCUCCCCAACAUGCCCCACCCCACCCCUAAGCAUGGUCCCUUGUCACUAGGCCACCGGGAAACUGCCACCUGUGGACCUCACCAGAGACCAGGAGGGUUUGGUUAGCUCACAAGACUUCCCCACCCCAGAAGAUUCGCAUCCCGUACUAGGCUCAUACUCAACUCAACUAGGCUCAUACUCAAUUGAUGGUUAUUAGACAAUUCCAUUUCUUUCUGGUUAUUAUAAACAGAAAAUCUUUCCUCUUCUCAUUACCAGUAAAGGCUCUUGGUAUCUUUCUGUUGGAAUGAUUUCUAUGAACUUGUCUUAUUUUAAUGGUGGGUUUUUUUUCUGGUAAGAUUUGGAUCCAAAUCGCAUCAUGCCCACUUGUGACUUUGAGAUUAUUCAUCAAGAAUGAGGAUAUUGUAGCCAUGACAUAGCUUGAGCUAUAGCCUUUAAUCCCUUACUUUGGCUAUGGGUGGAGGGUGAGUUUGAAGAGGUUCUGAUUUUCUUGUAACUUGGGAAAGCCAUGACCUUGUGCCCGAAUCUUUCAGAUUGCUUUGGGUAAUAAAUAUUGUUGGUGGUAUCUGACUCAUGCUGCUAUUUAUGGUCAUGUUUAGCAGGGAAUGGACUUAGGUUACCCAUUUCCCAGAGGAAAGGAUCCCAGGAUUUUUGAAGGUGACAUAUUUUCUUUACCAAAUAUAAUUUCAUUGACAUGAAUUAUCUCUAAUCCUCACAACAAGCCACAUACAAAAUCAUUUUAUAGAUGAAGAAGAUAUAAAUGCCAGAGGAGACCUUAAGAUUGUCUUAACACAACCCUUCAGUUAACAAGAGACGAAAUUGAGGCACAGAUUGGGGAAGUGACUUGGCAAAUCACACAGUGGGUUAGUCAAUGGCCCAGGAUUAGACAGAACCCAGGAAUCUUGGCAUCAAGUCCUUUACAACAUGCUGCCUCUCAUAGGACUGAGGGGUCCAGUCCUAGAGGACAAAUAAUGCUCCCCAUGCCACCACCCCCACCAAGCAGCUCCUACUGAUGAGAAGAUGCACUAAGCAGUCUUGGUGGAAACAUCAUCCUCACGCCCUGUGCCCACUUUCAGGUGCCCAGAGAAGGAGCUCAGUGUCUGCUUCAGCCAGGGCUUUAAGAGGAGAAGGAAGCUGGGAGUGAGGGGCAGAGGCUCUACCAGAGAAUGUCUGCUGGUGUUUUGGAGGCACUUCCUGCAGCCUACGCACUCCUUGCGAAGCCAUUUCACUGCUGCCCCUUCAUCGUCCUCCUCCUUGAGCCCUAGGUAGAAGUCAGUGUGUGGAGGAGGCCACCACUGUGUGUGGAGGAGAUGACCCUGACCAGGCCCCACCGCCUGUAGCCAGACCCAGCCUCUGUCCCAGCUGGCUGCUAGUUUUCGAGCAUUGCUUCCCUGUUAUUUGGCCUCCGUACCUUGAACCUAGGUUGACAUCAUGAGUAGAGGACAGUUCUUAGGAAAGGCAAAUAUCCCAUAAAUCCUAUUUGCCUCCCUUCUAACCUCUGGCUCCACCAACUCCCCACCAGGCCUCCCGCACACACAAUAGCAGGCAGGAGGGAGGAGGCAGCACCGUGCUGCACAAGGGAGACUGGGUGGGGAAGAUGUCAGAGAACCAGUGACUGAGUGCAGAGGUGACUUCACACCAGCAUCUGCUAUAGCCAGAGGUGGGCUGCAAGAGGGAAUUAGAGGAGCCAACAUGUCCUCUUUCUCCUUUAGUGUCCGUGGAGCAGUCCACUGCUUUCUGCCUUCCAGGUUGCCUGUAGGGUCCUUCCCAGCUCUCCGCCCUGACACCUCUUCACUCCCUAGCACUCGUGGUGCUGACUGGGUGGGGUCCUCAGUGUUGACUGAAAGCAUGAAUCAAGUGCCAGGCGCUGGUGACAGAGCACACAGAGGCUGCUGGGCCUCCCAAGGUCGGGGAGCUUGUGGGGAAUUCACAUUCUUGGUUCCGGGACUGAUUCACUGAGUCAAUCAAUAUUGAUUGAGCACUUGGUUGUGGUGGUAGGAAUGAAAUCCUGGGCUUCCUGCAGCCCCUUUCCAUGAAUCUAUACAUAUCAAACAUGUGCAUGCAUUUGUAAACAUUAAUGGGAGUGUACUUUACUUUUUUCAUUUUACUCGUUAACAGAUGAGGACUUUAAAAAAAUCACAAUUAUUAAAUAAUUCCCAUUACUAUACCUGACAAAACUAAUAAUAAUUUCAUAAUAGCUAAUACCCAGUCAAUCCAUGCCAUAUUUUCCCUCAUCUAAAAAACAGAAAAAAAUUACUUUUUUUUCUCCCCAAAGACAGGGUCUUGAUCAGAGCUCACUGCAAUAUCAAACUCCUGGGUUCAAGUGAUCCUCCUGUCUCAGCCUCUGGAGUAGCUGGGAUUAUAGGCAUGCACCACCAUGCCUGGCUACUGUUUGUAGAGAAAAAAAUUUAAAAAGGUCUCACUAUGUGGCCCAGGGUGUUCUUGAAUUCCUGGCCUCAAGCAAUCUUCCUGCCUCAGUUUCCCAAAACACUGAGAUUACAGGCAUGAGCCACCAUGCCCAGCCAAAACUUUACUUUUUUACACUUGCUUUACUGGAAUCAGGACCUAAACAUAUUGCAUGUGGUUGAUAUAUUAAGCCUGUUUUAUUUUUUAUUUUUUCUUCAUUCUUAAGCCUCUUUAUUAUAGUUCCCCCUACAUUUUGGUUUACAUGCCACUGUCAUGUUGAAGAAACUGGGUCCUUUGUCUUCUGGAUACUGUUUUACAAACAUACUUGUUUUCAUUUAAUAAAUGGCUAAAUUUCUUUCUAUGUCAGUAAUUAUACACAUCAUUAUUUUAAAUCACCACAUCCCAUUGUAUGGAUAGACUAUCAUUUAUAAAGCAAAUUGCAGUAUUUUGAGUGUUUGGAUAAUUUACAGAGUUUUGUUCUAAUAAUAAAAUUGCAAAGACUACCCUUGUUGCAUA